CUUACAGCACACAACGCAUCGCUUGCUGCCGCAUACAUGGCCACUGGUGUGGCACAAAUCAAUCGCGACAUAACGGAUGUGGCUUGUAACUCCUUGGCGCUUCAUUUCUUAAUGAGUCGUUUGACGUGGGUUUUCAUGUUACCGUCUGACGCACAUCCGAAUUACCGAGUUGCUUACGGGCAGGAUAUGCCGUGUACGAGGCAUUUGCAGAAACUUUAAAUCAUACCGACAUAUGAUCCUCAAUAAAUUUCGAAUAUACCGGCACGAGGGAAAGAACGGGAAGUGAGGAGGGCGAGACAGAGAUACCAAAUAAAUUACUGGCGAAACAAGAAACAACUAAAGGUGUCUUAGAGUAUACAUUGGAUAACUGGUAUCAAAAUAAAAUAUCACACCGAUUGGGAAAGACGAAAGGACCCCCACACCACGUGUAAAAUUAGACACGUUAGGACCAUCCUUCAUGUCAUGAACAUAAUAAUACUCAAAUGCCAGAGUCGUAGAAUUAAUACCGCCAUGUUUUAAGCGACAAUGUACUGUGUAUGGACAGCAAUGCUCUACUUUCGUACGAGCACAUGUGCCGGUCUAUCAUGAAACUGUCUUCAAACAGUUCAAUGGCAUGACAUCACAGCGAGAGCGAGCGUACUUCCCCGAUGCCAUGGUGCGGCGGUUAGGAGUCACUAUCGUACUGUUGACAGCCGCGGCCAGACAUGUUCUUUCUGUGGAGUGUAGUGAUCUCGGUGGUGGCUGGAGUACCCCAACACGGCUUCAGGGUCAACAAGUGCUGUUCUGAAGACCAAGCUCUGACCCCGGAAUCCAUGUGCACUGACUAUGACAGUUACUACUCAUAUUCAACAAACGAGAUCCGACCCUGGUUGCCAUCCGACGUGACAGUUGAAUCGCGAAGUCUCUCCGAGUUUCAUGUGACAACUCAGUUCGGCAGCAAAGCAACGUGUGAAGGUCGCCAUUACUUGGUGUUUGCAGAUGACGUUGAUUUGUUCUCGUUACUAGACGAUGGAGGGCUAGUGUUGUACAGUGAAGAAGAUUAUGGGAAGAACCAGACGUUCCCAGCUUCAUCUUUCUGUUUCGAUCGUUUGUUACUCGACGGUGGUCAAACUGUUAAAGUGAUCCUAUUGUGCCCAUGUGAUACCAUGACUUGUAUUAGAAAAUGUUGUCCACCUGGAAGAUACCUGGAUGCAAAUCAGAGAUGCAUAACAGACGAUACGGACGUAAUACGGCACUCGCUACUCCGUGAUGAUACCUCACAGUACUUUCAGUUGAUUGGACUCCCUCGUUGUCAAGAUGGAGGUGUUUACUUGCUGAACACAGUGCCGUCACAAAGUAAGACACAUUUGCAGUAUGGAUUCUCAAACGACGGUCAAGUGGUUGGCCGCGAGUUCAGGCAACCCAUACCCGUUGAAGAAUAUUGCUGGGAUGUGACACUCGAUGAGAAUGGUAAUGAAACUCCGAAUUUGCUGUUCUGUAAGAGACGGGAGAGCCGCGGGUGGGGUGGUGACCGAAGGGUGUUCUACGGAGUGGUUGUACUCAUAGACGCCGUCUUCCUCUCUGCCACCUUGCUCGUGUAUGGCGCUCUGCCUGAACUGAGAAGCGGCCUACACGCCAAGUACCUCAUGGCUCAUACUGCAAGCUUUCUGGUUGCCCACUUGUUCUUAGGAAUUGGGCAACUUGUACCUGAUCUGCACUACGUGUUUUGUUCAAUAAUAGCUUUCAUUAUCCAGUUCACAUUUUUGGCUGCCUUCUUGUGGCUGAAUGUAAUGUGCAUCGAUAUCGCGUGGGCUUUUAGUGGCCUGCAUCCUCCUCAAGGAAGUGCACUAGAACGUGAUCACAAGAAGUUUAUAUUGUACUCCGCUUAUGCAUGGGGAACAUCAGGCAUGUUAUCUGUGAUCACAGCAACUGUGGAGUUUGUUCCAGGUCUUGCCGAUGGCUCACCGCUGAAACCGAAUUUUGGACUCAGGGCAUGCUGGUUUGAAAGUAAGCUGAUAUUUUGCUGAUUCAUGGGUGCAUGUGUUUGACUUUGUGAAGGACUUAAACAUAUGAAAGUGAAUUUGGAAUAGCACCUCAUGACAGUGUAUAAAAAAAUCGAAACACGGCUGCAUUUGGCAUGACAAACUUGAGAAAUCAUAUGAAAACAAAGUUGGAAGAAACAGAAAUUUCAAACCUGCACAUGGUCACAAGAAACAUGUGAACUAACGAACAAUGGUACUUUAAAGUCAUCUGAAGUUACCAUCUUUAUCACUCUGUCACAUUUAUUUAACUACAACAGUACAAAAGCAAUUUCAGAAAUCAGCACAUACUAAAUUAAUAUACACAAGUUAAAAUAUUUUAAUUUCUGGAGAGUAGUUACUGAUUAGACCUUCAAAUGAUCGCUAUGGCAUUUAUCAAAUUCUGUACACAUGAUGGCUAGCACAAACAAGUUUUCCCUUCAUCACCACUGUUCAUAGGCUGCAUGUCUGAGGAAGUUUAAUAAUAAGGAUUAACUAUUUUUAGCACAUCACAAGUCUGCCAUGUAGCGUAUAUUUUCUGCAUUAUAAUGCCUUGGUUCUGGCAAGGGUUCAAAGGGUUAAUUAGUACUGGAAAUAAGUCAUAUUUACAAGAGCCAUGGUUACAGGAUCCAGUCUUCUUCCACCGACUAUUAGUGUCUGGGAUAUCAGGGAAACUUAUUUCCUUAGUUGUGUUCACAACCCUGCAGACUGUAGCUGAGUAAUCAGUUCUUCAUACUACAUCUUCUGGCACACUUGUCAGAAUUUGGCUUAUACUUUUGUGAAUGGCUGGGGAAUUUCCUAGGUGGGAAUUUCCCAUCCAUUUACUCCUACAUGCAAGGACUUUUGUGGCUGUCCAUUUAAAUGCCAAUUAUUGUUGUCCAAUGUACACCAAGUAAAACUCCCCAAUUUCAGAUUUUGUGAAAAUUCAUUCAGCUUUUAUUAUAUGUGAGCAGACAGACAUGGUGACACUAAUAGGCACAUAAUUGCAAUUCUUAGUUGCAAAAACACCUAAAAAUAGUGACCAACAUUUACAAGAAAAUAGUCCUUGGUGCUGAGCAGUGCUUUCCUGGUGGUAUGCGGUUGUACACCAUAUUGGCAUCAUAAUUCAUAAGACACAGAGACAUGAACAUUAUACAAAUUGGGAACAGUGAAGCUUUAGCUUCAAAUAAUGUUAUAAAGCACACUGUGAUCGUUUGGGUUGUGAUUCCAUGCAGUCAAGUAGGUGCUUACCAUCAUUUCAGAGGACUAUAUAAUCUCUGUUCCAGGAGAUAACACUCCACAUUUUCACUGCCAUGCAAACCUCAAAUAAUGACAGCUGAAGUAAGAAUAAACUUAUUUCAAUAUUUGUUCCAGAUAUAAUGAAGUAAAGCUUCCCCAAUACCUUCCUGAGUUUCAGUACCACCAUAAAUGCUUUUGGAAGUAUUCCUAAUAUGUAGUUAUUGAUUUCUGUUGCAUACAGA